CCCUAACCCCCAACAUUUUGUUUUCUUUGUGUCCAAGCAAAUUUUCCCUUCUUCAUUUCCUCAGUUUUCAACUCAAAAAUCACUUUCUCUCUUCAAUCCCAAUUCGGAUCUCUGCUCAAUCCGUUUUCUUCGGCCAUGUUCUUCCACAGGGUCUUGUCCCGUUCCUCUGCAACCCUUUGUCGAAGCUUCACCCUCUCUGUUUCACGGAAUUCCCAACCUUUCUCCAAUCACUUUCAUUCUCUCCUUCACCCAUCACCCAACAAGCUUAUUCCAGUUCAAGCUACUUUGCGGAAUCCACUGAAUUCAUCCUUGACUUCGAGAUUCGGAGUUUCUUCUUCGGCCUCUUCUGAACCUGCCAGCAAUGACCCUGUAAAGGCAUGUGAGGAAGCAAAGGUGACUGAUCAGUCUGAAGAAGCCAAAGCUGCUGAUGAAACCAAAGAAUCAGAUGUAGAGAGUGAAUGUGAUCAAUCCAGGGAUGAUUUAGUAAAGCUUGUUGCUGAGAAGGAACAGCUUUUGAAGUUGAAACACAAGGAGAUUGCGGAAAUGCAGGACAAAGUUCUGCGAACUUAUGCGGAGAUGGAGAAUGUCAUGGGCAGAACAAGGCGUGAAGCAGAAAAUUCGAAAAAAUUUGCUAUACAGAAUUUUGCGAAGAGUCUACUAGAUGUUGCUGACAAUUUGGGAAGAGCUUCCUCUGUUGUAAAGGAGAGUUUUUCAAAAAUUGAAUCUCCUAAGGAGUCUUCGGAAGCAGCGCAACUCCUGAAAACACUUCUUGAAGGCGUUGAAAUGACUGAGAAACAACUUGCAGAGGUACUGAAAAAACAUGGUGUAGAAAAAUAUGAUCCUACAAAUGAGCCAUUUGAUCCACACAGGCACAAUGCCAUCUUCCAAAUCCCUCAUGCUACCAAGGCCCCUGGCACUGUUGGAGUUGUUCUAAAGGCUGGAUAUAUGCUCUAUGAUCGUGUUCUUCGUCCGGCAGAAGUUGGUGUAACUCAAGAAGUAGAUGAUAACAAAGCAACUGAGUGAUGAUGGCAUGAAGGAAAGCCUGAUAGUGAGUUCUUGUUGAAUACCAUUCAAUGUUUUUUUUUUCUAUAUGCUUCUAUUGUUCGAAGUCUUAUUUUUUUAAUAACAAAAAUACCAUGUACGAUGAGCUUAAUUCCAUGAGAUUUUGAUAGUAUGCAUGCUAUUUGCAUGUUCAUUAUAGUAACAUCUUUUGUAACCUCUCAAUACCCGCACUGAGUUCAGGAGUUUUAGUACCUUUUUUCAAUCAUAAUUUUACAAGGGUGAAAUUGUAAGACUUUGGUGCCUGAAGGUUAAUUUUCACAUGCAGCUGCUCCCUUCCCCCAUUUUUGUCCA